AUGUCAUCACUUGUAAAAAAGGCAAAGGAUACAUAUGAUUUAUUGAUCAAAAUUUUACUAAUUGGAAAUUCUGGAGUUGGAAAAACUCAAAUUUUAUUGAGAUAUACAGAAAAUCAAUUUAAAACAUCAUUUCUUAGUACAAUAGGUAUUUUCUACUCUUUACAAUCUAUUAGGAAUCGAUUUUAAGAUUAAAAAAAUAUAAGUAGAUGAAAAAGUUGUUAAGAUGUAAAUUUGGGACACUGCAGGAUAAGAACGUUAUUAAACUAUCACUUAAACAUAUUAUAAGGGAGCAAUGGGAAUUAUACUUGUUUUUGCAGUUAAUGACAAAGAAACUUUUAAUGAUAUUGAUAAAUGGAUGAAUCAAAUUAAAUAACAUGCAAGUGACAAUAUCAUUAAAGUAUUAAUAGGUGAAUUUAUAAUAUUAUUAUUAUUCUUAGGAAACAAAACAGAUCUUCCAGAUAGAUGCAUUACCUAUGAAUAAGCUCUUAAAAUGGCUUAAAAAUACAAUAUACCUUACUUUGAAACUAGUGCAAAGGAUGGAACCAACAUUAAUGAUACCUUUUAAUAAAUUGCCAAAACAAUUAAAGAAUAAUUAGAAAAACUCCCUUAAUAAUAAAAUGGUGCUUUCAACAAGCUAAAUUAAGCUCCAAAUCAAGAUUAACAAAGAUAUGAGGAAACAAUGUGUUGUUGA